AUGGGCUUGCGGCGGUCUCCAUCGCCUCGUCCCGAGGCCCCACGACUCCCUCCAGCUGUCAUCAGGAUCAACCGGAUGUCGGAAUACGCGGACCUGCUGCACUGGUCGCCACAUGUAAUUUCCCACGACGACCGGGGGUACCCGACGGCCUCGCACCUGUACGAGGCGGCGAAGUUCUUGCCGCAAUACCCCGAGGUCGCCGAAGCCGUGCGGAACGCCGCAACAUGCGAGGAGGCCGUCGCUUUCGGGGAGAGGUACCGCGAGUACUGGCGCCCGGAUUGGCCGAAGAUCCAGAUGAGCAUACUCGAAGACAUCCUGCUCACCAAGUUUUUUCAAUACGAUGACUUGCGCGCACUGCUCUUCUCCACGGGAAACGCCGACCUCGUCUUUUUCGACGAGGACGUGGUGUUUGGGGACGGUUUGAUCGGUCAAGGACAAAACAACCUCGGCCGCGCGCUCAUGGUCGUACGCCAACGCCUUCGCGCAGAAUUUGUGAACGAGGCGAGGGCGGCGGACGAGCAACUGGGACACGUCCCGCAUUGA